AUGGAGCAAAAUAACAUCGAUUUCAGGCAGCUAAUAGCCGCAAAGCUUUCAUUGAAGGAUCUAGAAAAAGUACAAGAACAUAUAACUCUUGCAGAGGUCCAUUUUCCCUCCUUCAUGAGACCUUUCAGUGCGUAUCAAGCGAAAUUACGCGAAAUCGCACGUUUAAAUGGCUUAGCAAUUUUACCAAAGCGAGAGCCCGUCAAGACACCUGUGGAACCUCCUCCACUUCCUGAAGUCGUCGAAAUAGUCAAGGAUGUGACUCGGACCGGGCCGGCGAAGCCAAAAAGCGAUCGACAGAAAGGAAAUCCUAAAGGCGUUAGGGAGAUAAAUACUCCCAAUGUGGGAAAGCCAGUUUCCCGCCGCGCUCAGAAGGUUAUCGAACCACCGGUCGAUGAGGAUGACAUACGAUUGCAGCAGUGCAGCCGACUCCUGAAGAACCUUAAGUCACUGGCUCUGUUACCGGUGGAUGCAAUGCCACAUAAUCAGCAGUUUGCAUUCCAUACGCCAGAACAUCGGGAAAUUGUUGACAUUACCCCGAAUGACGUGAUACCUAGGCCGUCGAUGCUCGAGGGUUCAGAAGAAACCAGUUGGAAGCCCGCUACUGCCUAUCUUGAUUUUAAACAGAACGAACAGACUUCGCCGUUUGCAAGAAAUCCCAGAGUGUGUGGAUGUUCACUUUUCCUUUACGGUCGCCUGUCAAGUAACCGCCAAUUCACCCCGGCAGAGGGUGACGCCGUACUUCCAGUUGUUCUUGAGCUGGACCUACGCCACCCCAUCCUUGACACAAUGCAUUGA